AUGUGGGCAUGGGGAGCCGCCAAGCCUACCCCAUGCUUGGCAAAGCUUGCCCGUCCCGUGGUGCUGUCAGGCUUCAACAUUACGGAGCCUAAAGGAAAGGUUGUGAUGCACAUCUCCACAAAGGAGAAGGGCCUCAUCGGCAACAGCACCAUCGAUAACUUCGUGUUGAAGCCAGGGCAGAACUUGCUUCCUAUGAACGCCAUUGUUGACACGGCACUCGCGCUCGGCAACGUGGGUAAGCAGGGCAUGGUUAACAUGAUUAUCGUCGGGCAUACGGCGGUCUACAAUGGCGUCCACUUGCCUUACUACGAGUCAGUACUUCAGAGUCACACCCUAACUCUUGCAGUGAACCUUCAAUCGCUUCUUGGCAGCAUAUAG